AUGAUUCCAGCCACAAAUAAGGCUUUUGUGGUGAACAACCUGGUUUCUGGAACAGGCUAUGAUCUUUGUGUUCUGGCCUUGUGGGAUGACACUGCCACAACGCUCACUGCUACCAACAUAGUGGGCUGUGCCCAGUUCUACACCAAAGAGGACUAUCCCCAGUGCCAGUCCAUGCACAGCCAGUUUCUGGGUGGGACCAUGAUUUUAAUAAUUGGAGGCAUCAUUGUGGCAACUCUGCUGGUAUUUAUUGUCAUACUCAUGGUGCGGUACAAGGUUUGCAACAACACCUCUGGCAAGAUGGCCAAUGUUAGCAACGUCUAUUCUCAAACCAAUGGAUCUCAACCUGUCCAGAAUGGAGUCCUGCCACAAGUCAAUCCCAAAGUUGUGGUAAGGAAUGAACUCAUGGAGUUUAACUGUGAGUCAGCACACAGCAGCAUCUCUUCUUCCUCUAGCUCCAUGAACAGCCGUGACUGUGAUGGCUACAGCCUCCAAAGUGAGCAGGGCACAUUGUCCAAUAAAUGGAGGCCCCCAUCAAGAUCAAAGCAUCACAAUAUUGAUCGGCUCAUGGGAGCUUUCGCCUCUCUGGACCUGAAGUGUCAGAAAAAGGAGGAAACAAUAGACUCAAGAACUUCCAUAGUGGUCCGUCACUCAGACAAAGAACCACUUUUGGGUCAGCAGGAAUCCAAAUUUCGUAGCCUCCUCAUGUUACCACUGGAGGGUAAAACUAAACGUAGCCAUUCUUUUGACAUGGGGGACUUUUCCACAUCUCAGUGUUGCAACUACCCAAAAAAGAUCACAAACAUUUGGACAAAACGUAGUUUGUCAGUGAAUGGUAUGCUUUUACAGUACAAUGACAGUGACCUGACAGAGUCAAAGGGAACUUAUGGGAGCUCAGAGUGGGUCAUGGAAAGCACAGUGUAA